GCUCAGUCCCGGCACCCCAGAAGCACCUGCAAUGAGGGGGCUCCGAUGCGGCUACCGGCUCCUGCCCGACCAGGAUGAGGAGUUGCCCAUGGGGUUCGAGGACCCAGCUGGAGAGGGACAGCGGGGCUGGGAGGGAGCCCCGGCAGCGGCCGAGGAGGAGGAGCCGUGCAGGCUGGUGCUGAGCACACCCAGCAGCAUCCUGCGGGACAGGGAGAUCGAGGAGCUGGGCCCCCACCUGCCCCCGCGGCUGACGCAGCAGCCAUGGCACCUGCUCUACUCGACCGGGCGGGACGGCUUCAGCCUGCGAACGCUGUACCGGAGCGGGGCCCGGCCGGACUCCCCGGCCCUGCUGCUCAUCAGGGACACGGAGGCGCAGGCUUUCGGUGCCUUCUCCGCCACCGCCAUUCGCCCCAGCAGCGGCUUCUACGGCACGGGGGAGACCUUCCUCUUCUCCUUCUGCCCCGAGCUGAAGGUGUUCAGGUGGACGGGCAGGAACGACUUCUUUGUGAAAGGGGAUGUGAAUCUGCUGAUGGUCGGUGGGGCCAGCAGAAGGUUUGGGCUGUGGCUGGACGGUGACCUGCACCACGGGGGCAGCCAGCCCUGCGAGACUUUGGACAACGAGACCCUAUCACACCGGGAGGAGUUCUGCAUCCAGGAUCUGGAAAUGUGGGGUCUGGCCUGACCCCGACAAAGACAUCCAAGUAAAAGGUGCAGGAGAGGAGAUUCUUUGGACUGAUGUCUCGAGCACAGCUGCUCCCUGACAGCACCCGCAGAGCCUGUGGGAUGCUACCAGCCUCAACCCCUCCUCCUUUCACCUGUUCCCAAUAAUACCCCGAUUUCACGGGGAAAGAACAGCCGAUGGGGGCAGCGGGAUUGGGAAAAACAGCAGCCGGGUCUCAGGCCUGCAGCGUCGCUGCCAUGUGGCUGGGGAGCCCAGUGUGUGCAUGGGCCCACAAUGGCAUAGCACAACUAACCCUAACCCUAACCCCAAGCCCAACCCCAAACCACCUGGCUGGGAUGAGCCAGAGCUGCCCCAGGAGGAGGGCACUUGGCACAGCCGGGCACAGCAGGGCCCCACAGGGAAAAGGAAGCUGCAAGAGCAGUGACACUUUAGGACUGAGCAAGCCCAGGCAGCCUCUGCCCCCAGGGCUGGCUGUGGCAGUACUGGAGACAGCACAGUCACCAUUCCUCAA